CCCCACUCGCCUCGUAGCUGGCAAGACCUGAGAGCAAGAUCAGGACGGCUUCCUGGGAGCGGAGUCUGGUACCCACUCUCCCGGCCCCAUCCGGUGUCGCAGCAACAGAUGUGGAAAGCGCCCUUGGGCUGUCGUCCUGGCUCCGCAACAUCAGGUCUGGAGAAAAGGUUGCAGCCCCAGAGCAGCGCACGGAGUCAGCGAGCAGUGGGUAAGGCGCAGAGACCACCUCACAACCCUGACCCAGGAUCCACGAUGGUGCCCUUGCGAGCACUGUGGCUGGCCUGGGCGCUUCUAGGAGUGGCCGGAGCGUGCCCAGAGCCGUGCGCCUGCGUGGACAAAUACGCGCAUCAGUUCGCCGACUGCGCCUACAAGGAGCUGCGCGAGGUGCCCGAAGGACUGCCGGCCAACGUGACCACGCUUAGCCUGUCGGCGAACAAGAUCACUGUGCUGCGGCGCGGGGCCUUCGCCGACGUCACGCAGGUCACGUCGCUGUGGCUGGCGCACAAUGAAGUGCGCACUGUGGAGCCAGGCUCGCUGGCUGUGCUGAGCCAGCUCAAGAACCUCGACCUAAGCCACAACCUCAUAUCCAGCUUCCCAUGGAGCGAUCUGCGUAACCUGAGCGCACUACAGCUACUCAAGAUGAACCACAACCGCUUGGGGUCGUUGCCCCGAGACGCACUCGGUGCGCUGCCCGACCUGCGCUCCCUGCGCAUCAACAACAACCGGCUUCGUACAUUGGCUCCCGGCACCUUCGACGCGCUGAGCGCGCUGUCACAUCUUCAACUCUAUCACAACCCCUUCCACUGCAGUUGCAGCCUUGUGUGGCUGCAGGCCUGGGCCGCGAGCACCCGGGUCUCGUUACCCGAGCCCGACUCCAUCGCGUGCGCCUCGCCUCCCGCGCUGCAGGGGGUGCCGGUGCACCGCCUGCCCGCCCUAUCCUGUGCACCGCCCAGUGUGCAUCUGAGUGUCGAGCCGCCGCCUGAGGCGCCAGGCAGCCCCCUUCGCGCCGGCCUGGCGCUCAUGCUACACUGCGUCGCCGAAGGACACCCCACACCCCGCCUACAGUGGCAACUUCAGAUCCCGGGUGGCACCAUAGUCUUAGUGCCGCCGGUCCUGAGCGGGGAGGAUGACGGGGACGGGGCAGAAGACAGGGAGGAGGAAGGAGAAGGGGAUGGGCCCACGCAGACAGAGGCCCCAACCCCGACUCCAGCACCGGCUUGGCCCGCGCCCCCAGCCACCCCGCGCUUCCUGGCCCUCACAAACGGCUCCUUGUUGGUGCCCCUCCUGAGCUCCAAGGAGGCAGGCGUCUACACAUGCCGUGCCCACAACGAGCUGGGUGCCAACUCCACUUCACUACGUGUGGCAGUGGCAGCUGCCGGGCCCCCAAAACACGCUUCUGGCGCAGGGGGAGACCCUAACGGGCAGGCCCCAACUUCUGAACGUAAGUCCACAGCCAAAGGCCGGGGCAACAGUGUCCUACCUUCCAAGCCUGAGGGCAAAAUCAAAGGCCAAGGCCUGGCCCGGGUUAGUGCCCUCGGAGAGGCUGAGGCGGGGCCGGAAGAGGAGGAGGAGGCAGGUGAGGGAGAGGAGGCGGAAGACCAGGUCUCUGCGGACGGGGUGGAGGAGCAACGCUGUGGCCACGGGGACCCCUCGCGGUACGUGUCCAAUCACGCGUUCAACCAGAGCGCGGAGCUCAAGCCGCACGUCUUCGAGCUGGGCGUCAUCGCGCUGGACGUGGCGGAGCGCGAGGCGCGGGUGCAGCUGACGCCGCUGGCGGCGCGCUGGGGCCCCGGGCCCGGCGGGGCUGCAGGAGCCGGGCGGCCAGGGAGGCGGCCAGUGCGCCUGCUUUAUCUGUGCCCGGCCGGGGGCGGCGCAGCCGUGCAGUGGUCGCGUGUAGAGGAGGGCGUCAACGCCUACUGGUUCCGCGGCCUGCGGCCCGGCACUAACUAUUCCGUGUGCCUGGCGCUGGCAGGCGAGGCUUGCCAUGUGCAAGUGGUGUUCGCCACCAAGAAGGAGUUGCCCUCAUUGCUAGUUAUCGUGGCGGUGAGCGUGUUCCUCCUGGUGCUGGCCACCGUGCCCCUGCUGGGCGCCGCCUGCUGCCAUCUGCUGGCCAAACACCCGGGCAAGCCCUACCGUCUUAUCCUGAGGCCGCAGGCUCCGGAUCCCAUGGAGAAGCGCAUCGCCGCCGACUUCGACCCGCGUGCCUCCUACCUCGAGUCCGACAAAAGCUACCAGGCAGGCGGCGAGGCGGGCGGCGAGGAGCCAGAGGAGGUCCCCGGGGAGGGCCUUGACGAAGACGUGGAGCAGGGGGACCCAGGUGGGGACCUGCAGAGAGAGGAGAGCCUGGCGGCCUGCUCGCUGGUGGAGUCCCAGUCUAAGGCCAACCAAGAGGAGUUCGAGGCGGGCUCCGAGUACAGUGAUCGGCUGCCCCUGGGUGCCGAAGCUGUCGACAUCGCCCAGGAGAUUAACGGCAACUAUAGGCAGACAGCGGGCUGAACUCCCAGUCUGCCCGGCCGCCCAUUCCCAUCCCCACCUCGGGCGCCUGGGAGCAGAAGCCUACGGCUGGCAGGAUUUAUGCACCCCUCUCUUCACUUACUCCGCCCUCUACCACCCUCUAAUCUUGACUACUGGGGACUUCUAGUGGGGAGUGGGAUGAUUUCAUCAGUCCCACCCACAAUGGUCAUUGACUUUGUGGGUUGAAUUCGCCUCCACGGCAAGCACAGCUUCCCCGCUCCUCUCUCCCUAUGUAAGACACCACCCGCUGACCGUGAGGCUAAACCCAAGCCUCUCCAUUCCUACCGCAGUUAACUGCGCAAUCGCCCCGCCGCCCGCCCCAUCGUGGUCUCGAGAGCAGAGAAAAUGAGAGAAGACGUUGGAAAGAUCUGAUGGUAACGUUGUGGCUCGAGGAUCAGCCCGGGACCCCCAGCACAUGUCUCUAGCGUGGAGCGCUGUGGGGUCCUGCCUCGACCCCUCAUUCAGCCCUUUCCAGGGUGCACGUCCCAGAAGCCAGGAUUCGGUGGCAACUCCCCAGUUUUUAGAUUCAAAGCCCCCUUCUGAUUGGGAACCAAACACUUCUGUCCCCCCAUCCGCACUCUGCUUCUAAACAGCUGGAGCCGAGCCGGAUGCUUGCAGCGCCUUUCAGCUCCGCGCUCUGAUUUUCAUAUUUUCGUUGUUUUCAAAGACAGCACACUCCGGGUCUGGUGCUAACACUCCCUUCCUAGCCUCUGGGAAAACGCGCGCGCGCGCGCGCGCGUGUGUGUGUGUGGUGUGUGUGUGUGUGGUG